CUAAAGAUUGACGCGCGAAUGGAGGAAAAUGGCCAGCUCGAUCAACUGCUCCACAUGAAAAAGACGACACACGCGACGACGAGAGAGCAUGCCAGCCGAGACUUGGAGACUUUUCCUCCUCCGAUGGCAUCGUCGCGCGUCGCCGUGAUCGGCGCGGGGGCGGCCGGCCUGGUGGCGGCGCGGGAGCUGCGGCGCGAGGGCCACUCCCCCGUCGUCUUCGAGCGCGCAGCCGGCGUGGGCGGCACCUGGCGCUACGACGACGCGGCGUCGGCGGACCCGCUCGGCGCCGGGGGCGUCCACGGUAGCCUCUACGCGUCCCUCCGCACCAACCUGCCCCGCGAGUCCAUGGGCUUCCUCGACUUCCCCUUCGUCGCCGAUGAGGGCUCCGUUGACCCGCGCAGGUUCCCCGGGCACCAGGAGGUGCUACGGUACCUCGAGGCGUUCGCGCGGCGCUUCGAUCUCCUCGGGCUGGUCCGGCUCGAGACUGAGGUGGUCGGCGUCCGCCGCAGGGUCGACGGCGCGGGCGCGGGCGUGGCGGGCUGGACGGUCUCCUACUGCUCGAGGAAGCUCGCCGGCGGGGAACUACAGGAGGAGGAGCAAUCGGAGGUGUUCGACGCCGUCGUCGUCUGCAACGGCCACUUCGCCGAGCCCCGUCUCGCCGAGAUCGCCGGCAUAGACGGUUGGCCGGGGAAGCAACUGCACAGCCACAGCUACCGUGUGCCCGACCAGUUCCACGGCCAAGUCGUAGUGGUGAUAGGAUACCACCCCAGCGGGAUGGACAUCUCGAGGGACAUUGCUGGUGUCGCCAAAGAGGUCCACGUUGCUAUCCGAUCGGCGCCCUGUGGAAUGCAGAGCACUACUGCCCAUGCCAAUCUGUGGCUACAUCCCAUGAUCGAAUGUGCCGAGGAAGAUGGCAGCGUGGUGUUCCAGGAUGGCAGUCGGGUCAAGGCGGACUCAGUCGUGCACUGCACAGGGUACAAGUACAGGUUCCCGUUCCUGGAGGAGGAUGGUAUGGUGAGCGUGGACGACAACCGCGUGGGUCCGCUUUACAAGCACGUGUUCCCGCCACAGAUGGCCCCUCACAUCUCCUUCAUUGGAUUACCAUUCAAGUCGAUCCUUUUUCCAGUGUUCCGGCUCCAGAGCAACUGGGUGGCGGGAGCACUGUCAGGAAGGAUCGAGCUCCCGUCACCGGAGGAGAUGAUGCUGGAUGUCAUGGCAUUUUACUCCGACAUGGAAGCCCGCGGAUGGCCCAAAAGAUUCACACACAACCUGGGAGUGGAAGCAUGGACGUUUGAGUAUGAGGACUGGCUGGCGGAGCAGUGCGGGCUGGACAAGAUGGAAGAGUGGAGGAGGGUGAUAUACGUUGCGGCCAGAGCGAGGGUGUCGGUCCGGCUGGAGAGCUACCGCGACGAGUGGGACGACGACCAACUGCUGGCCCAAGCACACAACGAUUUAUCUAAGUAUCUCUGAUGUCGCCUCAUCGACCGCUACGGUUUAGCUUCUGUUGGCUUCUCGUCCCUUCGGGGACAUGCGAUAAAAGAGAUUAGAUGAACUUGCGGAGAAAUAACUAAAAUCUAAAGAAAGGGCUUUAAAAAGAGUGAACUAGCCACGACAGAGUAAUAUUCUAUCACUAGACCAUUGGUGCUUCAAAGAGCAUUUGAUUUGAAAAUAGUACAUGAUUCUAUGAAUAUUUUUACUCCUAACACUACUGUUUUGCGGGGAUACUCCUGACACAGUUAGUAGACCAAAUUGACAAAAAUGUCACAUUAGGAACAAAUUGUGUUUGGUUUGAGUCCUGCAAAAAAUAAAAUAAAAAAUAGCCCAUCCGAAAUUUUGACAUCACCAAAGCAAAAUCAUGAACAGAAUUUGGCAAGUCAUUGUUAGUAGGAUUACAGCUAUCGUACCUAGCAAAAUUGCUAGACCUUCAUUUGGUUUGCACCCAACCAAAUUCAUAAACACUUGAUUCCUUUUCAGUAUUCAUGAUGAGCCAACAGCCAACACGAUUUAAAAAUACUUAGUCCACUACAAUAUGACAAAACACACGGAGUGGGUGUGUAAAAAGUACUUCCUCUGUAAGCAAAUAUGAGACGUUUUAGGUCAAUACUUAGUGAUCUAAAAUGUCAUAUAUGCGUUUAAGGAGGGAGUACAUAUUUUAUUUACUGUACUAACUGCUAUAAAGCUAGUUAUUUACUGUACUAACCGCUUUACAACACCGAACAAUAUUAAG